CCGAUCAACACGAGUGGCCAAACUAUGCCGUUAUCCGCUUUCUGCCUUCCCCUUUCCCUUCCGCUCCCGACAACUUCAAACCACCGCCACCACCCACCGCCGCCGUCUCUCCCCCGCCCCAACCCCCUCCUCCUCCACCUCCCGCCACUCACGCGCCGCCGCGUCCCCCUCGACCGGCCACCACGCGCGGGCGCCACUGACAUGGCCGCGCCUGCAGCGGCGGCCUCGCCCCCGACGCUGCUCGAGCACAUGGGCCGCGCCGGCACGCCCGCCGACCUCGCGGUGGUCAUCGCACACAUCCAGGGCGCCUGCAAGCGCAUCGCGGCGCUCGCGGCGUCCCCAGCCAACGCGGACCUCUCGCGGGGGAAGGCGGGCGGCGGAGCGGCGGUCGUGGCGGCCGGGCGGGACGCGCCCAAGCCGCUCGAUGAAUUGUCGAAUGAGAUCAUCAUGUCAUCGCUCCAAAGUUCAGGAAAAGUCGCAGUGGUGGCGUCUGAAGAAAAUGAUCUCCCCGUUUGGAUGUGUGAUGAUGGUCCGUAUGUUGUUGUUACUGACCCGCUUGAUGGUUCUCGCAACAUUGAGGUCUCCAUCCCCACUGGAACAAUAUUUGGGGUAUACAAUAGGCUGGUGGAACUCGACCAUCUCCCUGUGGAGGAGAGAGCUCAACUCAAUUCACUGCAAAGUGGUACUCGCAUGGUCGCUGCUGGGUAUGUGCUGUAUUCAUCUGCCACCAUCUUCUGUAUAAGCUUUGGCACAGGUACCCAUGGCUUCACAUUGGAUCGUUCGACCGGAGAAUUUAUUCUAACGCAUCCUUCCAUCCAAAUACCACCUAGAGGACAGAUAUAUUCGGUGAAUGAUGCACGAUAUUUCGACUGGCCUGAGGGCCUAAAGAAGUACAUUGACACAAUCAGGCAAGGCAAGGGGCAGCAUCCAAAAAAGUACUCUGCUCGGUAUGUGUGCUCGCUGGUUGCUGAUUUUCAUCGGACACUCAUAUACGGUGGAGUGGCCAUGAACCCAAGGGAUCAUCUUCGGCUGGUUUAUGAGGCAAAUCCUCUCAGUUUCCUGGCCGAGCAGGCAGGAGGUCGAGGCUCAGAUGGCAAGACCAGAAUCCUUUCCAUUCAGCCCGUGAAGCUGCACCAGAGGCUGCCAUUGUUCCUGGGAAGCACGGAGGACAUGCUUGAAUUGGAAAGCUAUGAAGAUGUCCAGCAGAAGGUCAAUCCUGGCUAUGAGGUUUAGUGUUAUGCAGGAGGUGAAAUCUUGAGGUAUUGUAGCAUAGAACGAUGUAAAUGGUGUACCUAUGGGAAGUUUAUUUGCAGGACCAACGUUGUCUCUGUGUCUUGUUUUUUAACCUAUGCGGUUACAGAGAAUCCUGCAUAGUAUAAGAUAGAAUAACUUGCUGCAGUUCGCUGUGUCAAUGGAAGAUGAUGUGAAUUUUGGGAGCUCUCACAUAACUUUAUUUAAAGAAUAUAAUUAGUUCCUUGUGAUUUCA